GAAAACGCGUGUAUAAUGUCCAAAGAAGGGGCAGAGUAUCAUAUAAAUUUCCUCCCUGUGGAUAGAACUCUGCUCACUGGCCUCUCACUCUUUCACAGCAAGAGAGCUCUGAUGGCGAUUUCCUCCAUCUCUGCAACUUUUCCAAUUCUGCCCCUCUGCAAUUCGAAUAUUUACCCCAAGCCCAAACCCUCGCUCCUCUCAUUUCCCUCCAAGCUCCAAGUCCUAAAACCCUCAAUCUCCUCCACCUCUUCAAAUUCCAGUCAUUUUAGGGUUUUUUCAGCUCCCGAGCUUCUAGAAUCCGAAGAAACCGUAGAACCGGUCCCCGAAUCUUUCGAAGGGCCUGAUUCUGUUGUUUUUGAGGUUGGGGGAUCUGAAAUUCCGGGGACGUCUCGUAUUCCUAUAGGUGCUGAUGUCGAUGCGAUGGCACCGAAGCAGAAGAUCAGAAUCAAGCUGAAGUCCUAUUUUGUGCCCUUCAUAGAGGACUCGUGCAAGCAGAUAAUGGACGUAGCCAGGUCAACCAAUGCCAAGACCAUGGGCCCUGUGCCCCUUCCCACCAAGAAACGGAUUUACUGCGUGCUCAAAUCCCCGCACGUGCACAAGGAUGCACGGUUCCAUUUCGAGAUCCGGACCCACCAACGUCUCAUCGACAUCUUCUACCCGACUGCCCAGACCAUAGAUUCAUUGAUGCAGCUCGAUCUACCUGCUGCUGUCGACGUGCAGGUCAAACUUUAAUCUUAGGCAUGGAUGGUUCAGGUAAAACCAAUGUAAACUUCUCCCAUUAACAUCUGAAAUCAUUGUCUCUGUUUGUUGAAAGAAUGGUUUUAGGUAAUAGAGAGAAAUCUAUUGGCAGAAUACUCAAAUUCUCUUCA